AUGAAGACUAAACCAAAGACAUGGUGUAGGGCCUUCCACAAGAUUGGUAGCUACUGUGAGGAUGUUGAAAACAACUCUGUCGAGUCCUUCAACUGUACAAUUAAGAAGGCAAGAGAGAAGCCAUUUGUGGCCAUGUUGGAGGCUGUUCGAAGGCUUGCAAUGGUUCAGAUUGCUAAGAGGUCUGCACUUUCUCAUUCACACGAAGGGAUAUGCACUCCAUAUGUGAAAUGUUUCUUGGCUGAAGAGCAUAAGACAGCUUCUCUGUGCUUUGUACAUCCCAGCACAAAUGGAGCUUAUGAAGUUUACCUGGGAUAUGAGAAACACAGAGUCAAUUUAAAUGAAAGGACUUGUACCUGCAUGAAGUUUCAGAUAUGUGGAAUCCCCUGCGAACAUGCUUAUGGACUGAUACUCAAGAAGACAUUGGAAGCUGAAGACUACGUGUGUGAAUGGUCCCGAACUUUUAAGUGGAAGGAAAAUUACACGGAGGGGAUUGUUCCACAAAGAGGUCCACGCUAUUGGCCUUGCACUGGAGGUGAAAGUGUGCAUCCACCACCAAGGCCGGAUGAUGAAAAGGUAGACAAGAAGAGGAAGAAAGGUCUUCAUGAGUCACCUACCAAGAAGAAACCAAAACAAAAGAAGAGAAUCAUGCAUUGUGGGAUAUGUGGUGCAACUGAUCAUAAUUGUAGGUACCACCAGAAGAAGAAUAAGAAGAAUACAACACAGGGUGGAACUCAAGUGGAAUCUACUCAAGGUUGUCUUACUCAAGAGAAGUAA